CGAGCGUGUGUGCAUGCGCACGCUUGUGUGAUGCCGGAUGAGAAGACUCAGCAGUGUGGCCGCUUCCCCCUGCACUCAGCCAGCUGAUAUAGUAGUCCGGCAUACUUCCUGUGCAGCGGUUGGUUGCGUAAGUGUAUGCGAGCGUGUGAGGAGUGGAGAGGAGGGAAAGAGGAGCGGCAGGCCUGUAGAGUGGUGGAAUGAAGAGUGGAGCAUGCUGGGGGCCGGGAACGGUGCGCUCCUUCUGCAGCUCGGGCUGCCUGAACCGCUUCAGCCAGGGUCAGUGCGCUCCCGCCGGAGGAAGAGGAGGAAGAGAUGACACUUCCUCAUCUUUAUCGCAUGCUCCUGCUCCUCUCGCUCUUGUACGGGCCCCGACUCGCUCCUAUUCGUUCUGUCAUCUCCUGAACCUCACCUGCCUCAGAGAUGACUCUGCGGACGAGGAGCCCACCACUCAGUCAGACCAAAGUGAGAUCCAGGGUACUCUCAAGACUCUGGCCAGUAAGUUGGAUGACUUGAGCACGUGCAAUGAUCUGAUAGCCAAGCAUGGUGCGGCUCUGCAGCGGUCUCUGAGUGAGCUCGAGACCUUACGUGUGCCUCUGGAGGGAGGAGAGAAAAUCAAGGCUGUCAACGAGAGAGCCACCCUCUUUCGCAUCACUUCCAAUGCUAUGAUCAAUGCGUGUCGAGAUUUCUUGGAGCUUGCAGAGAGCCACAGCCGCAGAUGGCAGCGAGUUCUUCAGCAUGAGCGAGAGCAGCGCACACACCUGGAGGAGACCAUUGAGCAACUAGCCAAGCAGCACAACAACCUGGAACGAGCCUGGAGAGAGGCCCCCGCGCACGCUGUCAACACACCCGAUACACCCACCACCAACACGGGAGUGAGUGAAAGGCCCAGGAAAGAGGAAGCGAGUGAUGAAGAUGAGGAUACGGAGUAUUUUGAUGCCAUGGAAGACUCACCUGCUUUUAUAACAGUGACUGCCACGGACCCCUCUCACCACAGACGUUCUCAGAGUAAUCUCAGUAGUGCUAGUGGAGGACAGCCCAGUGACUGCAACCAGGAAGACAAUUGUUCUGUGAGCAGUAAUGAAUUUUCAGGGAAAGAGCUGCAGCCUCACAGGAAGAGGCGGACCCAGAUCCCAGAGAAGCCCAACUAUUCGCUCAAUCUGUGGAGCAUCAUGAAGAAUUGCAUUGGCAAAGAACUCUCUAAGAUCCCAAUGCCUGUGAACUUCAACGAGCCCCUGUCCAUGCUGCAGCGCUUGACGGAGGAUUUGGAGUACCACGAGCUGCUGGAUAAGGCGGCGCGCUGUGAGAACUCUCUGGAGCAGAUGUGUCUGGUCGCAGCCUUCUCCGUCUCUUCAUACUCCACCACAGUGCACCGGACAGCCAAGCCCUUCAACCCUCUCCUGGGAGAGACCUACGAACUGGACCGCCUGGAAGAAUUCGGCUAUCGUUCCCUCUGUGAACAGGUCAGUCAUCAUCCGCCGGCAGCCGCUCAUCAUGUGAUGUCACAGCGAGGCUGGACCCUGUGGCAGGAAAUCACCAUCGCUAGCAAGUUCCGCGGCAAAUACCUCUCCAUCAUGCCUCUGGGUGCGAUCCACCUACAGUUUCAUGCGAGUGGAAACCACUAUGUGUGGCGUAAAGUCACGUCCACCGUGCACAACAUCAUUGUGGGCAAACUGUGGAUUGAUCAGUCAGGAGAUAUAGACAUAGUCAACCACAGGACCAAAGAGACCUGUCAGCUCAAGUUCUCUCCGUACAGUUACUUUUCAAGGGAAGUCCCACGAAAGGUCACAGGGGUGGUGAAGGACAGUGAAGGCCAGGCCCACUACAUCCUGUCAGGCACAUGGGACGACAAGAUGGAGAGCGCCAAGAUCGUGCAGAGUAGCAGAGGAAGCAGCAGCUCUGAGGGCAAACAGAAGACUGUCUAUCAGACGCUCACACCCAAACUGCUGUGGAAGAAAUACCCUCUACCAGAGAAUGCUGAGAACAUGUACUGUUUCUCCUCUCUGGCUUUGACCCUGAACGAGGAAGAGGAUGGUGUGUGCUGGACGGACAGCAGGCUGAGGCCGGACCAGCGGCUGAUGGAAGCGGGACGCUGGGACGAGGCCAACGUAGAGAAACAGAGGCUGGAGGAAAAACAGAGAGCCACGAGGAGGAGGAGAGAAGCUGAGGCCUCGAAGGCCAUCGAUGAAGGACAGGACUUUGAAGGCUACAUACCGCUGUGGUUCCACCAGAGGACGGAUGAACUGACGGGAGAGACUAUUUACGUUUAUAAGGGGGGUUACUGGGAGGCCAAAGAAAGACAAGACUGGAAUAUGAUUCCUGAUAUCUUCUGAACAUACAAAACAAUUGACUGACUCUUCAGACAGACAAAAGAGGAAUAAACCCUCUACAUGGACUCAUCAGGGCCUUGCGUGUGUGUGUGUGUGUGUGUGUGUGUGUGUGUGUGUGUGUGUGUUUAAGUGUGUGUGUUUGCAGCCCAAUGAUAUAUAUCUUUGCCCGAAUCUUAAACAGACUACUAAAAUGGGAAAACAGACGGAUGUUUUCUUUGAAGUUCACCUCAAAGACGAGUGUGUGGGAGAAAUGCGCAGUUGAACUCUUAGCCAAGUGCCGCCCCAGUUUAUCUUCCAAAGCAAAUCAGGUUCUUUUUAUUGAGUACAACCCCAUGACAAAUGCACUUUCCUCUCUUCCCAGCAGUGAAGUACACUGGACUGAGUCUUGUUUAUCAAAGAUGUUCCUCCCCGUCCCAUGCUGGCCUGGACAGCACAUGAAGAAACUCACAUAUGAAGGAGAGACUCGCUCAACUUAACACGCAGUACUUCUUUUAGAUUCAUAUCAGUAACAGUACCAUAUUUGGGCAAGGGAAGUUCUUGUAUUUGAAUAUCGCAGGAGCAGAAUCAGGCUUAUUGGACACACAGCUGAAGACUUUCUCACUGGCUGCACCCACUUUGCAUAGCAAAUGACAGUAAAGUUUCACCUCAUUUCUUCAGUUAACCAAUGAGCUUGAGUCAAGCAUUAAAAGAGCGCUUGUGUCUGUUGUAUUGGACAGUGUAGGUAUUCAGACACAAAAGUUUUACUCCCAUGAAUUGUCAUGCACAUGAAUUAGCUGCUUCCUGCAUUGGCUCAGUGGAGCCCCCAGUGGUCAUUAUCUUGUUACUGUGACUGCCACAGUACUCUGCAUAUCAAUGCAAUUUAAAAAUAUAUACUUUUUUGUACAAUCAGGAUACUUAAUGAAUGAAUGAAUGAACGAUCAACUAAUAAAAGUAAACAAGUCACCCGCUUGACUCACUCAGAGGACAUAGCAAACAAUCAAAAUACAAAGUGUGAUACUGAAAACACAAGCAAACAGCUUGCUGACCUUGUUUUGUGUUCAUAGCAUGCUUGUAUUUAUUAGCAGUAGAGAAUGUGGUUUAAAACACCCAAGAUUAAAGGGGAUUGCUGUAGUUCACAGUACAUUAUAGUGAUAGAAGUACAUUGUAGUACAGUACUUUGUGACCGAAAGACCGAUUUAAAAUUUCUUCUUAAGGUUAUAAAUCAUCAGGACUCAGGAGUGAUUAAGAAAAAAAAGGAUUUCUGUUGUUUUGCAGAGCACUUUGAAACACUUACCCCAAGCUGCAUAACAGAAACAAAUCUACCGUAUUUCUUUUAUGUUUAGCAAGUUCUAAAGCUGUGAUUCAGACCUGACGUCACUGGAGAUCAGAAUUGCUAUCAAAGUCUAGAAUAAAGCUAGAGGAGUUAUUUUAUGUUCACACCACUGUAUGUAUUUUGUGAUAACAAUAAUUAUUAUCACUAUAAUGAAGAAAAUCAUAGUAAUGAUGCCAUGCCAUCCUAAUAAAUGCUGAUUUAGUAAAAACCUGAAUUUUAACCAAGAGGUUUACUUGUAAACAGAUAUUUUAAUUUCAAAUGAUCCAGCUAGUCAAAGUUUCAUUUUUGACAAGCUGUCACUGUAUGAUCAUACAUGUACACAUUUUCUAUUAAAACUCCCUGACUUGGAUACUGGCAGGCACUUUUCAUGUCUAUACAUGCAGAAUGACUGAAGGGGGAGUGAUGAUUUGUGUAGAAUUCCCACCCAUUCAUGUAAAUGUCAUUUUCCCUAAGAUUAUUUAUAAAAACAAAUAAAGUCU